AUGGAUAAUUCAAGGGCAUUGUUAGCAACUCUAAAAGUUAGACCAGUAUUGGUGGAAAGGGUUAGAGAAACUCAAAGUCGAGAUGAGCAAUUAAACAAGAUCAUCAAUGAGGUGAGAAAUGACACUCGUUUAGAUUUUUCACUUAGUGAAGAUGGGACUUUAAUGUUUGAUGGCAGGUUAUGUGUACCUAGUGUGGAAAACCUAAAAAGAGAGAUAAUGGAAGAGGCUCACUAUUCUGCCUAUUCUAUGCGUUUGAGUAGCACUAAGAUGUAUCAGGAUCUUAGAGAAAAUUAUUGGUGGCCAGGUAUGAAAAGGGAAAUAGCAGAAAUUGUUUCAAGAUUAACGAAAUCAACACACUUUUUGCCUGUAAGGAUGGAUUAUUCUUUAGAUAAUUUAGCAGAGAUUUAUGUCAAUGAAAUUGUGAAACUCCAUGGUGCUCCAGUUUCUAUUGUUUCAGAUAAAGAUCCAAGUUAUCAUGCUAGUCUUGGAAUGGCUUCUUGUGAGGCAUUAUAUAGAAGGAGAUGUAGAACCCCAAUGCGUUGGACUAAAGGAAUGGAAAGAAAACUAGAGGGUCCAGAAAUGGUAUAG